CCCCCCUCCCUCCCUCCCCAAGAAAGAGGCACACCGAGAAGUUACCAGAGACAGCCGGCAAGUUCCUUACCUCCCCCCUCCACAGUUACCCUACAUAAGCUGAGGAAACCGGCGUGGGUCUGAUCGAGCAGGAGAAAAUAAAGUCCACAGAGUAAUGUCAGUAUUAUCACCGGGUGCAGAUACUUUCAGGUGCCGGUAGUCUAUCAGACGUGUUGUGAAGAGGAGGACUUCCUUUGCUGUGUUGUUAUCUCAGAUCCGAGCAGCCGCUAAAAAUAAGAAGAGAUGCCUCAGAAACAGAAAUCCAAGUCCUGGACAGAGCUGAAACAAGCUGGAAAUGAAUGUUUCAAGACGGGCCAGUAUGGAGAGGCCACCAAUCUGUACAGCCAGGCGAUCAAAGAGCUGGAGAAGUCCAGUAAAAAGAAUCCAGAGGAUUUGGGCAUUUUGUACUCAAAUCGUGCAGCCAGCUAUUUGAAGGAUGGAAACUGUGGGGAAUGUGUCAAAGACUGCAACAUGUCCCUGGAAGUAUAUCCGUUCAAUGUGAAGUCUCUACUUCGUCGUGCUGCUGCGUAUGAAGCUCUGGAGCGAUACAGGCAGGCGUACGUCGACUACAAGACCGCCCUGCAGAUCGACUGCAACAUAGCAGCAGCUCACGACGGCACCAACAGGAUGACAAAGGCACUCACAGAAGCAGAUGGUCCCUCAUGGAGAGAAAAGCUUCCUCCUAUCCCCACCGUUCCUCUGUCUGUCAGAGAGAAACUGACCCAGCAAACUAACAUAGCCAACACUGCUAAACAAAACCCAGCACCGCAGCAGAACGGCACCACGCAAACAAAAAAAACUGCUCCCAGUGAUAAAGACAUAAAGAAAGGCCAUGCCCUGAAAGAAGAAGGCAACGCUCUGGUGAAGAAAGGAGAGCAUAAGAAGGCCAUAGAGAAGUACACCCAGAGCCUCAAACACAACCCCACUGAGGUCACAACCUACACCAACCGGGCGCUGUGUUACCUGUCAGUGAAGCAGUACAGAGACGCCAUCAGAGACUGUGACGAGGCUCUGAUGAUUGACAGCAGCAACAUCAAGGCUCUCUACAGGAGGGCUCAGGCUCACAAGGAACUCAAGGACAUUAAAGCCUGUGUGGACGACCUCAACAGCCUCCUCAAGGUGGAACCAAAGAACACGGCCGCCCUGAAGCUGCUGCAGGAGGUGCAGAAGAAGAAGUGAGGACACAUCAGGGGACUUUGGUGACGGCGGUAAGGAUCUGUCACUGCAACGAGUUCAGAGGAGAGAGGACAAAUCGUUACAGGUCGGGCGACGGAAAAGCAGCCAAGCAGUGACACGAUUCAGCCGCUUCAAGUCAAUCGCUGAGUGUGUGUUUCCCAAAAGCUCCUUCACCCUGAACAUGUUUUGGUCUGUUGACUCUCUCUAGAACAAAUAUGAGCUCGGUGUUGAGAUGCUUCUGGAAAAUGCAAGCUCUGGUCAGUGGUUGGAGCUGAGGGUUGUAUCGGGAAGAAGAGGCGCCACCAUUUUCAGCCUUGGGAAUGUUUGUAUUGUACCAGUUUUAGUUUGAAAGCUGAAGUUAUUGACACACACAUCGUAAUUCUAACUAAAGAUAAACCUUUACCAUCAUCAUUUGUAACAGUGAAGUUGAGCAAGUGAACGGCCGUCAUGCGGCGCUCCUGCUGGUCGUCAGAACUUCUCGUGGUGUGUAUAUAUAUAUAUAUAUAUAUGUAUAUAUAUAUAUAUAUAUAUAUAUAUAUAUAUAUAUGAUAUAAAAUCAAUCAAUCAAAAAAAGCUCAUCCUGAAUACUAAGUUUUGUCAGUUUUGUCCGACAAUCAGUCCAAAACCGAAAGACGUUAAUCUUUUUAUCUCAAGCAACAGAAUUAAGUAGGAAAACCUUCCAUUUGAAAACCUGGAGCUAAGGAGUGUUUGGAGAUUUUUGCUUAAAAAAUGACAUAAACAAUAAACUAAUGAUCAAAAUAGAAGCAGAUAAUAUUAGAAAUGUAAAGUUUUAUCUGUAUUGAAGCCCAGAGGUACAUCAAGCAACACUAGUUGAUCGUAAAGGUUUAGUCUGUAUUUAAUGCCACAUAAUGUUCUACACUCAGGUAGUUUAAAUAUUUAUCCUAUAUUUGGUUUUCUGAGGCUUUGAGUACGUGUGAUUGUUUGUCUUUCUCAGUGGAGUGAUGCUCAUGCUGCAUUCAUGUCGCACCUCUGAAUUAUUAAUCAGCAAGUCGCAUGUAUCGGCUUAAAAAAUCUAAAUGAUCCCAUUCUAUAAGUUUAAUUGGUAAUUACGACAACUCUGGUAUGACAUGAACACAGCAUCAGUCUUGAGUGAGUUGCCCAGUUUAGUUUGUACGUUGGUUUUUCAUCAAACACAACAGCGCCGUCCUCAAACCCAGAGUGUGUUUCAUACAACAGGAAGUGUUCUCGUACUGCGUUUCUUGCCUCACAAACGUAUCACUCUGCUGAGUUAUUUUUGUUUGUUUACCACCAUUAGGAUCAAAAUAUCAGUUUGUUCCCUUUGUGUUUGGAACAUGUGAACCAAGUAAUGUUAUCCUCAAACGGGUCCUCAUAUAUUACGUACUGUCUCACUCUUAUUUCGUUGUAUUAUUGUGACAACCUCUCAUUGAUCCAUUUGUAGCUUGGCAGUCUCCAUCUUGCCCAAAGUGCCUGUCCACAUCCUUCACUGCUGCUCUGGAUUAGUCUCUGCAAAAUAGCUGAAAAUAUAAAACAUCAGUUUCUGUUCUAAAAACAAACAAAAAAAAAUAUCACACCUCAUGAUUACAUGUAUCAUGCAGGGAAUGUUUGUGAAACAAAUCUAUGCUUAUUCAUGUUUGCACAGGUAGAGCCAAGAAGCUGCACAGUGUGACCACAGUGUGACCACAGCCUGACACUCCUGGCAUCUGAGAUUAUUUGUUUUAUCUCACUUUUAUCACAUUUCUGCUGUUUUCCUAAUUUGUUUAUAUUGGUUUUGUCAACCUGCUUCUGUUUUAACUGCAAAUAAAGUGAAGAAAUAAAAAAGAGAUUUACAGUGUGCUCUCUCUGUCUUUACAGAAACAGUUGCCUACUGGUGAACUGGAUGAGAAAAUCGGUACAGUUUAGUUUAAUAUGACGCUACAGCAGCUGCUUAGCUUAGCUUAGCGUAAAUACUGGAAACACUGGGAAACAGCUAGCCUGGCUCUGUCCGAAGGUAACCUCUAAAGCUCACUCAUUAACUGCUUAUAUCCUGUUUAAGUGUAAAGAUAUUAUUCACUGUUUCACUGGGGGAAUUUGUACCAGACUAUUUCUUACAUUAACCCCUUUAAGCAGAAGACAAUACUUUCUCACGAGAGUGUUGAGGUGCUGGUAGGUGUAUUUUGUUUCCUUAGCUGUUUUCUUAGCUGCCUAAGUCUUUAUACUAACCUAAGAUAAGCUAAGCUAACCAGCUGCUAGUGUGUCAUGUGACCUUUUUGGGCCAAUCAAUUGAUUUAAUUAGCUCAAGAAGAAUAAUAACCCUGAGAUUUACUAUAGAUUUGGAGAAUUGUUACCAGUACAUUUUACAUAAAAUGUAAUAAAAAAAAAUAAAUAAUACAAAAUACAAACUUUUAGACCUGAUAACAGUAAAGGAGUUCUUAAGGUAUAAAAGCAGUACAGUAGUAAAGAUGCAGCAUCUUCUUUUAAGGACAUUUCUGCAUGUCUGUGGUUUGCCUGAACUACUGUUCCUGGGACUGCAGAUUUCUGAACUUUUUUUGGAAAGGUUGACAUCUUUUGUCAUCUGCUGUCAAAAUGAGAAAAACCUUCACUGCCUCUGGAGCUGCACAUGCACACAGCCUAAAAUCGAAAGUGCAACUAAGAAAGUGAGAUAAGUGAUGUUUGUGUUGGCAGCGCACUCAGACAUGACUCUCUUUCCCAGAUCCGGUCCGGUUUAAUUUUUAAGGGGAAACUACUUAAAGACGAGACUUCCAGGGCACAGUUCAGUCUUCAGACAGAAGCACAGCUGAGAAGUUGUGUUUGUGUCAAUGUUAAAAAUCUAGUUAGUUCAGUAUUUAACACUGAACAACUACAAGAAAGGCAGCUAAAUAAUUUGUAUUUAAACACUAAUUCUGACACUGGAACUGAAUUAUUAUUAGACAUAUCUGAUCUUCUCACCUCUCAUCUUUUGUCACAUUUUGUUUUUAAUCAAUAAACCAAUUUUUAUACUUUGCCAGAGUAAAACUUUGUUGUGAUAUUCUGCCUUUUUCAUUUUUGCUAAAAUUUUUGUUUUGCAUAAAUAAGAAAUUCACAUAAAUACAGGCAGUGAGCUUGAGAGAGAUGUUCAAACCUCGUGACUGUCGCUUUAGGAAAGUUUUAGAAAUUGUUUUCUGCAGAAACACCAGUUCACCUGUAUCUGACCCACGUCUGACCCUAGUUAUGAAGCAGGAUCGACUGAUGGACAUUCAUCUGUUUCAGUCGACCACCAAGCUGCCACUGUGUUGUGGAGCACUAUGGUCCUUCUCGUAUGCCCUUUUCAUUCUGAUGUUUAGUCCUCUGUAAAAACCAAAUGAGAAUAAAAAUUUGCAUCUUGCUGUAUUUGCAUAACAGUCUUGAAACCAGACCCCACAGCCCUCUGUUAUCCCAUUUAAUAUUUGCAUUUUUUUCCCCCAAAAGUCGCAGCUUACUCACACCGAACUACACAGCUAUAUCCUCAGUGAAUUUCAACCAACUCUCUCAACACCACAGAUGUGUCAUGCCAGUGCUUUAAACUUCAAUAUUUGUAGCCUCAUUGUCCAAACUUCCCAGAUAAUCCUGCGAACAUGCAUCUUCAGUCAGAAAAGUCAAAAAAAAACAAAAAAAAAAACAUGCGGCAUUAACAGGCUAGUGGUGAUAAUAAACAGAACAGGGCUGAUUCAGAACUGAUAAAACCUUUAUUUCACUUUAAAUUGUCUUUUACAUUUUGUCCUGUUUAUAACAUGUAAGGUGAAACUAGAGUUGGAAUUUUUUUAAAAGACAUACACAAAUCUAGUAUUACGUCAAUAACCAGGGUGGGGGAGUGGGAGGUGUUGAGGGGUUUUCUUUUUUGUCAUUUUCUCAUUUUUAUUGGUGUCCUUAAGCUAAGUCUAAAUUUUCACAACCACGUGCGCGCUAAGCAAUAAAACCGUCACAGAAGCAAACUUUUUUUUUUGUUGUUUUUUUUUGGGGUUAUUUUUUUUUUCCUUUUUAUUUUAAGCUGAAUACUGGUCAGUAAAAAGAAAAUGAUUUGAGAUACCAGAUAUACAGACAGGCUCGGUGCCACAUUCACUACUGCAUGGGAUAAUUUUUUCCUUAUAAAGCGUAGAAUAACUGCCUUUUUGUUCAGCUAACGAGAAAAAGAGCGGCAGGGAGGAAUAAUUUUUUUUCAACCUUUUAAACGUCAGUGCAUGAAAACAUUUGUCCCCAGCAAAAGAAAAAAAAAACAUUGAGACACAUGACUUUUCUACACCUACAGAGUGGAAUGUUGAGAUGGUUAAUGACAAGGUUAUUGUGACACUGAGUGGAGGAGAAAGAAUUUACUUGACUAUUUCUACUUUUGAGGAAGGAAAGAGGCUUCUGACGGAGUUGUCAGGUUUGCAUUCUGGUCAGCUGACACCUGCCAAUAUUCCUCAAAGUUUGGGACUAAAGACAACUCUAGCUUGGGAUUUGCAUUGCUUUUAAACACGUACAGUAUCUUGCUAUUGGCAGGGUGCAGUUGUUUUAAACAGGAGAAACCACAUGGGGCCUAAUUUUGUUGCAGAUUACAAUGAUUACGAUUCUAAAGAUCGUAAAAGACCAGAUCUGGAAAAAUAAGCCAGAAAAUGUACCGUUAGCUGCUGAUUGUUUUCUCUUUUCCUAAAGGUAAUCUGAAGGUUGCCUUCGACAUGUACGCAUGUUUACUGAAACUCCAGCCUGAAGAUAAAAACCGCAAUCCGAACUACAGGUUCCACAAACAGGUGAUUGGCUGAUCGGCUGCUGGGAGGUUUGGCUCCUUCAACGCACGUACCUGUUGUGGACUUGAACAGCUCCAGAGGUGACACUUAAAAUCACUGCUUCCUUUUUUUUUUUUUUUUUUUUUU